AUGUCUAACGAAAAUCUGUUUAGAGCCAGUUUGAAGAAUACAAAUAAUGAGUUUAUCAAAUUCUACGAUUACGCAAAAUUCAAAAAUAUUCGACUUAUCGGUUCAGGAACCUUUGGAAAAGUGUAUUAUGCAGUAACAGAAAGUUCAGGCUUAGAUGUUGUUUUAAAAUCAUUUGACAAUAAUAACGCAGCCAUUGUUCAAGAAAUUAUAGAUGAACUUAAAUUAUACAAAAAUAUUAGCACUCAUAAUAAUAUUAUUAGAUUUUAUGGUAUUGCCACCGAAGAAGGUGUAAACGACCUUAAAUCCUUCCUAGUUUUUGAAUAUGCUGAUAGUGGAACGUUAAGUGCUUAUUUACAAAUUAAUUUUUAUAGACUUAAUUUGACACAUAAAUUAAAUUUGGUUCAACAGUUAGUUGAUGCGAUAAAAUUUAUGCAUGAGAAGGAUAUUGUACAUGGAAAUCUUAAUUCAGACAAUAUUUUAGUUCAUAAAAAUAUCAUAAAAAUCUCCGACGUUGGGCUUUCCGGAAGAUUUUAUAAAACAUCUAAUAUGACUAAUAAUCUUUUAAAAAAUUUACCCUAUAUGGAUCCAAAAUGUCUUCAAUCCAAAUAUCCAUAUGAAAUAAGCAAAAAAUCGGACAUAUAUAGUUUAGGUAUACUCAUAUGGAUGAUUUCUAGUGGUCGUCCUCCAUUUGAAGCAGUUGAUCAAAUCUCCGAAUUGGUAUUUAAUAUCCUAAGUGGUGUUAGAGAGAGCCCUAUAGAAGGAACACCAUUGGCUUACAUUACUUUAUACACUGAUUGUUGGCAAGAUGACCCAGAAAAACGACCUAACAUACAAGAAGUUUCAAGUUUAAUCAAUUAUAAAAUAUUACAGCAAUCAGGUUUAUUCACGAAUGUUAAAUCAUAUGAAUUUUUUAAAAAAAUAGUUGAAGAAUUAUGUGAAAUGAUUAUUGAAGAAAAAAUGAAAGGGAAAACAGCUACAAUGAUUCUUGAUAGAAUGGUGCAAUUUUUUGUAGAAAAACGACAAAGACCAGAGAAUAUCAUUGAUUGGUGCUUAAAUAAUCAAAUUAAUCCUAUAGUUCAAUGUAUUCUUGCUACAUGUUAUUAUUAUGGGAAAUGGGUUACAAGAGAUGUACAAAAAGUUUUUGAAUUUAGUCAAAAAUCCGUUAAGGGUGGGUUUAUUGAAUCUUAUAAUUGGCUUGAUUGA